UUGUUGUUUGCAUUAUUACUUGCUUCUGCAACUAUAGCUCUGGGCUACAAAGAAGACCCAGAGCUGAAGCAGUGCAAGCACCAAUGCGAAGCCCAGAAGCAAUUCGGCGAGGAGAAGAUCCGCACGUGCAUCCAGCAGUGCGAGGACUACGUCCGUGAGAAGCAGAGGCGAGAGCACGGCGGCGAAGGCGGCGGAUCCACCACCUUCUUCGAGGAGGAAGAUGAUGACCUGAACCGCAGAAGCCCGAUAGAGCGCCUGCGCGAGUGCACCAAAGGAUGCGACCGCAGCAAACAGAAGGAGCGCUGCCAAAGCCGCUGCCAGGAGACCUACGAGAAGGAGAAAGAGCGCUACGAAGGCGGCGGCAAUCCAGUCGACCCAGAACAGGAGUACCAGGAGUGCCGCCAAGAGUGCCGCCGCCAGUCCAGAGAAGGCGGCAGCCGCCAGGAAAGGUGCGAGGAGCGGUGCCAGGAGCAGCGCCGAGAGAGGGAGAGGGAGCAGCCGGGGCGGCGAGAGGGCGGCGGCGGCAUGUACAUGUACGAGGGGAGAGAAAGGGAGGAGGAAGAGGAGCGGCGGCAGCAGAAACAGAAUCCGUAUGUUUUCGAGGAAAGACACUUCUUCACCGGAAUGGAGACCCAGCACGGCCGCCUCCGCAUCCUUCCCAAAUUCACCGACAGGUCGAAACUCCUCAAGGGUAUCGAAAAUUACCGUGUUGCCAUUCUCGAAGCUGAGCCCCAAACUUUCAUCGUGCCUAAUCAUUGGGAUGCCGACACUCUAAUCUUUGUUGCUAACGGAAGGGGAGCAGUGAGCUUAAUGAGACAAGAAAGGAGGGAGAGCUUCAAUAUCAAACAAGGUGAUAUAUUCAGAAUCAAUGCCGGAACGACGGCGUAUUUGAUCAAUAGGGACUCUAACCAGAAAUUAGUCCUUGCCAAGCUUCUACAGCCCGUCAACACUCCCGGCCAAUUCGAGGCAUUUUUUGGCGCGGGAGGGGAGAAUCCAGAGUCCUUCUACACUGCCUUCAGCAAUGAUAUACUUGAAGCUGCUUUCAAUACAAGGAGGGAUAGGCUGCAGAGGCUGUUCGGACAACAAAAGCAAGGUGUAAUAAUAAAAGCCUCGGAAGAGCAAGUUAGAGCAAUGAGCCACCACGAGGAGGGCGGUAUCUGGCCCUUUGGCGGCGAAUCGAAAGGCACAUUCAAUUUAUACGACCAACGCCCGAGCCACAGCAACGAGUACGGCCAGCUCUUCGAGGUCGACUCCUCCCAGUUCAGGCAGCUUCGUGACCUCGAUAUCGCCAUCUCUCUAGCCAACAUCACCCAGGGUGCGAUGAUAGCUCCGUCUUACAACUCGAAGUCGACGAAGAUCACGGUUGUGGUGGACGGAGAAGGCUACUUCGAAAUGGCGUGCCCGCAUAUCUCUCAGUCACAGUCGCAGGGCGGCCGCCAACAAAGACAACAACAAGGCGCUGGGCAGAGAGGAUACGAGAAGGUGAGCUCGAGGUUGAAGAGGGGGACAGUGGUGGUGGUGCCGGCGGGUCAUCCUUUCGUGGCGGUGGCGUCGAACAACCAGAACCUGCAGCUGCUCUGCUUCGAAGUGAACGCGUACAACAACGAGAAGUUCACGCUUGCCGGAAGGAGGAAUGUGAUGAACCAGCUGGAGAGGGAGGCGAAGGAGCUGGCUUUCGGAAUGCCGGCGAGAGAAGUUGAUGAGAUUUUCAGGAGCCAGAAAGAGGAGUUUUUCUUCAAGGGGCCACGUCAGCAGGGCGGCCGCUCCGAUGAGUAAAGAUCGGAAAUAAAGAUGUGGCUGGUUAUGUGGAUGAAUCUGUGUAGUGUUUUUAUGUAAUGUAACUCUACGAUAGUACAAGUUAUCAUGGAGAUGUUUUGCGGAUAUGUAAUUAACUACCUAUGUAAAAUGGGGAGCGGUCUUUUGCUAACAUAAAUAAGACUGAUCUGCUUCCAUGAGUACU